UAUUUUCAGUCACACUCCAGUCACACAUUUCAACACACACAUUCUUGUGGGCACAGAUGUGUUUUAUCAUUUUUGUUUGGUCUUGAAAAGUGUUUAAGAGGUGACUGAGGAUACUGGAACAUAGGAUAUUCUCUUCAAGAAGGAAUCAUCACUGAAUCUAACAAGCUCCUCCCACUUACAGAUGCUGUUACACCCCUCCUCCAGAAUCAUGUGGGUUAUUCUGGCCUUGCUGCUUUCCCUCUCCAGCAGUGCUCUGUCGCUGGACAAACUCAACAUCUGUAUGGAUGCAAAACACCACAAAACAGAGCCUGGCCCCGAGGGACAACUAUACAAUCAGUGUACUCCUUGGCGGGAGAACGCGUGCUGCACGGCCAACACCACCUCAGAGGCCCACAAUGAUAACUCCUACCUGUACAACUUCAACUGGAAUCACUGUGGGCAAAUGAGCGAACAGUGCAAGAAACAUUUCAUCCAGGACACUUGCUUUUAUGAAUGCUCACCACAUUUAGGACCGUGGAUACAGGCAGUGGAUCAGAGCUGGCGUAAGGAGCGUAUCUUGGAUGUGCCUCUGUGUAAGGAGGACUGUGAAAGUUGGUGGGAAGACUGCAAGAACGAUUUCACCUGCAAGAGUAAUUGGCACAAGGGAUGGGACUGGAGCUCAAAGAUCAACAAAUGCCCUGAAUCUAGCAAGUGCAGAAAGUGGAGUGAAGUGUUCCCCACUCCCAAAUCCAUGUGUGAACAGAUCUGGUCCAACUCCUACAUUUAUACCACUCAUUCCAAAGCCUCUGGCCUCUGCAUGCAGCUCUGGUUCACUGGGCCAAACCCCAACAAGAAGGUAGCUGAGUACUACCUAAACAACUCACAGCAACGCCCAAGCUUUGCCCUGACGCUGCUAUUCAUAGCUGUCAUAUCUUUCUCUGUAACAAUGUACUAAAAUGAUAUCAUUGACCUAUCCUGUAGGGUAGGCAACCAAUAAAAUUGACUUCCCGUGGCCUUAAA